CGUGAUUGGACGGAGCCGACGGUUCAAACCAAGACGCAGCUCGCCCAUUGGUUAUAACGCUGGAACGUACCGCGCUAAACGCUGAAGUGGGCAUCAUUGUGUUUUCCCUCCGUUUCGUGCGAAAAGAGAAGCAGCUCGUCUGACGAUAUGGCCGGAGGAAAAGCUGGAAAGGACAGCGGAAAAGCCAAGACGAAAGCGGUCUCCAGAUCACAAAGAGCUGGUCUGCAGUUCCCCGUAGGUCGUAUCCACAGACACCUGAAGACCCGAACUACCAGCCAUGGUCGCGUCGGAGCUACAGCAGCUGUGUACAGCGCCGCUAUCUUGGAGUACCUGACCGCUGAGGUUCUGGAGUUGGCCGGUAACGCCUCCAAGGAUCUGAAGGUGAAGCGUAUUACUCCGAGGCAUUUACAGUUGGCCAUUCGCGGAGAUGAGGAGUUGGACUCGCUUAUCAAAGCUACCAUUGCCGGCGGAGGUGUGAUUCCACACAUCCACAAGUCGCUGAUCGGAAAGAAGGGCCAGCAGAAAACCGUAUAAGAUGCAUUGACGUUCGAUUCUGUCUCUGUAUAGAAAACGGCAAUCAGCAUUUGAGAGCGCAGUGGCUUUUAUGUUUCCCCCAUUUGUUUGGUUAUGUUUGGUAAGCGUAGUUUAACAUAACAAUGGUUAGAGUUUGACGUACUGUAUUCAUGGUAAUUAACGGGGGAGGGGGGUGUUACGCUUUGCGGGGUAAGGAAAUGUAAUCAUGGUUUUUGUGUUUUAGUUGGGUUAAGGCAUAGGUUCUGGGUUUUGUGAGGUUUGAGUUUCAUUAUUGGCUUUUUAAAAUCUGUUUUAUACAUUAAAAGAUUUUUUUUUUUUCUAAGUGUUUUUGUGGCUCUUCAUUUUGACUCGUGUCGCCUAGAAACCUUUUAACCCCGUUAGCUUUGCUCUAAAUGCUGGAUGAAAUCUGUAGAAAUGAAUUCUGAUCACACGUAUGAGAUUGUGAAUAAAAUGCAUAUGAACGUUUUUAUAGGAACAUUGCUUUUGUAUGUCUACUGCACCAAGUGUAAUAUGAUUUAUACUUAAGUAGAAGGAACUUAAUCACUUUUUCUUUUACGAUUUUUAAUUGGGUUUAUUUGCUUUAAUUUGCCCAUCCACAAAUAAAAGAUGUUACGUUGAAAGCCCUGA